AUGGCAGCAGGUGAUUUCAACGUUAUAAUGGUAGGAGCAGGUUAUGCCAUGUUCGGUACACCCGAAGGACCAUGGAAUAUCGCCAAGCGAGCUGAACAGAAACUCGGUGAAAGACUCAAAGUAGAUGCUGUAAUCGAAGUAAACCCAGCUAGAGGUGAAGAAGUAUUGGGUAUCAAACGAGAUGGGCCCCAUAAAGCUUCUUACAAAGAUACACUCAUCUUACCUAAUGUAGCUGAGUUCAAGAAAAGAGUAGAUAGUGGUGAAUCUAAGGAACCGAGAGCAAUAUUCGUAGCUACUCCUCCAACAGUCAGAGGAAGUACACAAUCCGGAAAAGAUUUGGAAAUACAAUUAAACAAAGCUUUCCCAAACGUAGCUAUCUUCUUUGAGAAGCCAGUAGCUACAGGUCAACCAUGGGAAGAAAGCGUCGGAGAAGCUUUGAAGGUAUCUGAAUACCUUAAGAAGAACCAUAAAGCUCCCAUCUCUAUCGGUUACGUUCUGAGAUAUCUGAAAAUCGUGCAACAGGUCAAGAAAAUCAUCGAGGAGAACAACCUCACUGUUAUGGCCACAAAUGCUCGAUUCGUAGUAGCUUAUGAGCUGGCCAUUAAGACAGAAUGGUGGAACAAAGAUAUCAUGCUUGGCCCUAUCAUCGAGCAAGCUACCCAUAUUUGCGAUCUCGUACGAUUCUUAGGUGGUGAAAUCGAUUUCGAAACCAUCUCUGCCCACGCUCUUGAGGCACAUGAGAAACCAGGUCAACUCUCCAAAAAGAAUUUCGAUGAAUCCGCCAUUCCUGAUGAGCUCCGUAUCCCAAGAGCAACAAGUGCCAGUUGGAAAUACGAGUCUGGCGCAGUCGGUAUAUUCUUACAUUCAACCGCUUUACAUGGAGUAGAUUAUGAAGUUCAGUUAGAGGUUUUCGCUGAUGGAUACCAAUUCAUCCUUCAAAACAUAUUCGGUUCAUCUAAAUCACCCGAACUUCACGUUCGUCGACCUGGGUCAGACAAGAUUGAGGUCACAGUCACAGAAGGGGAUGACGCUUAUCAAACUGAAAUGAACCAUUUCAUCGAUGCUAUAGAAGGUGGUCCCGAGCCCGAAAUCUUCUCCUCAUACGAAGAUGCCGCUAAGACCUACGAAAUGACUUGGGUUAUCAGAAAUUCAGCAGAGCAAUCUCAGAAAAAGAUCGAUGACAAGAAGGCUAAGGCGUAA